AUGGCAGAAUCUGUGGUGAACCAGGUUGCAGACAAUGGAGGAGGAGAAGAGAAUAUUGAAAGCAAAGAACAUUUGUAUACGGAUAUGGACAAGUUUGCUCUUGCUGAGUUAAAUCUUAUUCUGGUUCUUUCGUCGCUCUCCUUAUCCUCAGAAGAAUGUCCAAAUCUCGAGGAAACAAGUGCCGAAAAUCGUAAAGAAAAACACAAAAUAUCGAAUUUACAAACAAGAAGGCGAGAAAUAAGUGAAUUUAGAAGCCCUGAACGUCAAAUUUCAAGAGUCCAUACCAAGAUACGAGAUUGCAGGCACUGCAGGAAAAUGUGA